AGCACCAUGGUGGGGCAGAGCCCCCAAGGGCCCAGGGAGGGCAGACCUGCUGUCCUGCUGGAGCCCUUCAUCCACCAGGUUGGUGGCCACAUGAGCAUGAUGAAGUAUGAUGAGCAGACAGUCUGCAAGCCCCUGGUCACACAGGAGCUGAGCUUCUACGAGUCGCUGCCCUUGGCCAUGAGGCAGUUCACACCCCAGUACAAAGGCAUUGUGUCUGUGCACCUGAAGAAGGACAGCCUUGGCAACCUGACCCUGCUGGCCAGCCCUAGCCUGCAGCCUGAGGGCUGUGGCCUCCUGGACAAAGCCACUGGGGACUCCUCAGUGACAAUCUGGCACAAGUGCUCCUGGGCUGCCAGCACCAGCACCGAGCACACGCUCCACAGGUGGAGUCACUCACAGCUCACCAAGACCUUCAAGGACAGCUGCCCGGGGAAGAUGCUCUUGAGGACAGACCUUCAGUACCACACAGAUUCACUUUUGGAAGAUGCAAAAGGAAAGCAGCCAGAAAGAAACAGCUACAACCCCUGGGGACUGCACUGUCACAGACAGCACCUGAACCGCAUGUCCUCCAAGCACAACGAGAACAAACUGCAUCAGUUUCUGUUGCUUGAAAAUGUGGUAUCCAAAUACAACUAUCCCUGCAUCCUGGAUUUAAAGAUGGGAACCAGGCAGCAUGGAGAUGAUGCCUCAGAGGAGAAGAAAGCCCGGCACAUCAAGAAGUGUGCACAGAGCACCUCAGCUUCCCUGGGCGUUCGGAUCUGUGGGAUGCAGGUUUACCAAGCAGACACUGGCCACUUUCUCUGCAAGGACAAGUACUAUGGCAGGAAACUCUCCCCAGAGGGGUUCAGACAAACCUUGCGCCAGUUCCUGUGCAACGGCAACCACCUCCGGACCGACCUGCUGGAGCCCAUCAUCCUGAGGCUGAAGGCCCUCCUGGCUGUCAUCAGGAAGCAAAGCUCUUACAGGUUCUACUCCAGCUCACUUCUCAUCAUUUAUGACGGUCAGGAGCAGAAGGAGGACCCGUCAUCCUUGGAUAAUCACCUUCACUUCCAAAAAACAAACUGUACCCCGCCACACGGCACCUGCCCCCCCAGAGUCGACGUCCGCAUGAUAGACUUUGCCCACACCACUUUUAAAGGCUCCACAUCCUACCACACCACCCAUGAUGGGCCAGACCAGGGCUAUAUUUUCGGCCUGGAGAAUCUCAUCAAAAUCCUUCAGAAUAUCUCAGAAGGAAAAUGA